ACACACAGGGACGCACACACGCGUGUGUACCCACGCAGAGGGAGGCGGAGGGCCUCCCACCCGGCACACGCUCGCUCACACGGGGACCGGGAUCCCGCAUCUGGGACCAGCCCCCCGCAUCGUACACCCCCCCACCACCGUGUCCCAGCCGCCAGCGGGACCCCCGGGCCGGCGGGGCGGAAGGCGGGGGGGGGGCUUGGGGUCCCUCCUCCUCCUCCUCCUCCUCCUCCUCUUCCACUCCUCCUCCUUCAUCCCUCCUCCUCCUCCUCGUCCCCUCCCCCUCCCGCCGCCCCGCUCGGUGCCGGUGCCGGUGCCGGUGCCCGGGCAGCGCGGCCCCACACCGAGCCCAGCGGAGCGGCAUGGCGGGCCGUGGCCGGGGGCCCUGCCGCCGCUGCCUGCCCCUGCCUGUACCCCUGGGGCUCUGCCUGUGCCUCUGCUGCCUGCUGUUGCCGCCCGUCGCCGGUUCCUGGAGCCCGGCCGUGCCGCAGCCCGCCGCCCGCAGCAACUGGUGCUCCUACACGGUGACACGGACGGUGUCGUGCCACGUCCAGAAUGGCACCUUCCUCCAGAGGGUCUUCCAGGGCUGCCGCUGGCCCCUGGCCUGCAGCGGGGGCAGCAGCUACCGCACCGUCGUCCGGCCCAUCUACAGGGUGACCUACAAGACGCUCACGGCGCUGGAGUGGAGGUGCUGCCCCGGGCACGCCGGGGCCAACUGCGAGGAAGAGGCUCACGCCUUCCUCGCCCUGCGGGACGCCGGACGCCCCAGCACCGCCCCACGCCGGCCCUCCCUGCGCCCCACGGCUUUCUCAGGGUGCCUGAACUGCAGCCGUGUUGGGGAGCUGACAGCCCGGCUCGCCACGCUCGAGGCGCAGGUGGCCCGGCUGUCGGUGGCUGAACCCCCCACCUCCCCGGCACCCAAAGGCAGCAACCCGGGCAGGGGGCCGGAGACCGGGCAGCUCUGGGGGUCCCCGGCUGCCCGCGGGAGCCCCGGAGAUGACGGGAGAUCCGGCUCGCGGGGCCCCCCCGGCCCCUCCGGCCCCAAGGGAGACGCAGGAGGACGGGGACCAUCCGGCAUUCCUGGGGUGAAGGGUCCGAUGGGACCACCAGGUCCCCCUGGCCCCCCAGGACCACCCGGCCGGGAUGGAGCCAGGGGGCUCCCCGGAGAGAAGGGGUUACCCGGGCCCCCUGGCCCCCCGGGACCCCCUGCCCCUGUGGGGCCAGCGAUACCCCGUAUAGCCGAGCCCAGGGACCCGCUUCUCUCCAACACCUUCACCGAAGCCGUCGGGGGCAUCGUGGGUCCCACCGGACCCCCCGGACCCAUGGGGCCGAUGGGUCCCCCCGGCCCCCCGGGUCCCAUCGGGCCACCCGGCCCCCCAGGACCUGACGGUAAAGCCGGGGCACCCGGAGCUGCCGGCCCCCCCGGGGAGAAGGGAGACAGGGGUCCCCAGGGCCACCCAGGCAGCCGUGGACAGGACGGGGCACAGGGCGAGCCGGGCCCCAGGGGCGAGCCGGGCGAGAAGGGCACUUGGGGGGAGGGUUUGCACCAGCUCCGCGAGGCGCUGAAGAUUUUAGCGGAAAGGGUUUUAAUCUUGGAAACAAUGAUUGGGCUCUACGAACCAGAGCCCGGCUCAGGCAGCGGCCCCCCCCGGCACGGUGGCACCCGGACCCCCCCGCAGCAAGCGGGGCGGCAGCAACAAGCCCCCUUACCGCAUCGUGGCCCCCCACCGGCGGCCCCCCGGCAAGCAGUGACGGAUCCUGGAGUGGGGGGGUCGCCCGCUGACACCCCCCCCCCAACCCUGUGCCCGCCGCCGUGCCGGUAUAGGCAGGAGCGUCGCCCUGGGGGAGGGGGGGCACGAUGGGGGUCACCCCCCCCAGCUCUCUGGUCCCGCAGGGCACUUGGUGCUAGCCGGUAGCACGGCACCGGCCCCCCCCCCCCCCGCUUUGCCCCCCAUCGCUGCUGCUUGAAACCCCCCCCCAGGGGGUUGGGGGGGGGCAAAAGGGUGCCAGGCCCCCCCCCCCACCCCUUUUCUGCCCCCACCCCAAUGUGCAGCUCUGGGGGUGCUUAAUUUCUUCCCCAGCCCGAGCCCCCGCGGCCACCCCUGUGCCGGGGAAGGGACCCCGGGGGGGGCCAGCGGUGGGGACCCCCCCCCCAGCUUCGUCCCGCUGCUUUGGGACCCUCGAGGGUCAUUAAACGUCUCUUGAACCCGU